AUGUUUAUUCUAGGCGACCUAAAUGCUCGACAUCCUCAACGGAAUGUUAUCACUAUAAACAGUAAAGGAAUAGUGAGGUCACAAGCUAUAAUUGACUUAGUGAUAGGACCUGCCAAUUUGUCCUCUGAUCAAGCUGAUCCAGAUCAUACAUUUGAACUCAGUGAUCAUUUUCCUGUCAAUUUGAAUUUAACGUCGAUUCUUGUGGACCACAGUGAUGCAUUUACCGUGAGAAAGACAGAUUGGACAUUGUUUAAACUGUUUCUAGAAGCUACACAGCCAUAUUGGCACAAGCUCUAUGAUCAAAUGAAAGAUUGUCCAACAGAAUUUGUUCAUAUAUAUGAAAAAUUUCUUGUUGCAUUACAGGAGAGAUGCACACCCAUGUUAAGUGCAAGAAAAUAUCGACCAACACUACCAAUUUAUCUAGUGAAAGUUUCCACGUUGAUUCACGGCUAUCGUUCAACAUACACGAAAGAAAUGUUAUCUAAAGUGAAAACAAAUACGGCAAUGUUAAAAUAUGUGUCUAGAUCAAAAACAUCCUCAUUAAUCAGCCGACAAUUGAUUUUUAAUGCAUUUGCACUUCCGUUUAUGCAGUUGCUGUAUGUUGUUUGGCCUCUGCUAGAACAUUCUGAUAUGAGAACUAUGCCCUUGACAAGAAACUUGAGAGCUCGACAGCUUUGUACUGACGAUGGAUCUGCUCACAUUCCCUAUUUACUUCCUUAUUUCGGUCAUGUAUUUCAAUAUGUACCUGAUCCGUUAAACUUUUUAUUGUCAUGUCGAAAACGUUAUGGUACAACGUUCACUAUUAAACUAUUUGGCCAACGGAUAACAUACAUUACUGAUCCAAGAAACUGGAAUAAUGUUAUUAAAAACCCUAAUCUGGGAUUCCCAGGUGAAGAACUGGGUUCAACAGUAUUCGGUAUUAGACCGGACGCUUCAGCUCGACCAGAAAUGAAUGAAGAUCUACACAAAGUAUUUCCAAAAUAUUUACAAAACGACGGUCUUAAAGAAUUGAUCAAAAAUUUUGUACGGCACUUUCGUGAACAAAUGAUAAAAGAUAAAAAAGCGAUGAAUGGAAAUUUUAAAACAUCCAGCCUAUAUGAACUAUGCCAUUUAAUGAUCUUUGAAGCGUCGACUCGAACACUAUACGGUGAUAUCGAUGCAAAAUCACUUGAUAAGCAUUUCCGACAGUUUGACAGAGAUAUUCAUUUGUUUUUUAUGCGUUGUCCGUCGUUUGUCCUUUCGCUACUUGUGCGAAAUGGAAUGAAAGCUCGACAGUGGUUAGUCGAAUUCUUUUCAACAAUCGGUCAUCUUCCAAAUGAGAGUGGUCUGACCACACUACGAACGAAUAUACAGGAAUCAUACCCACAAUACUUUUCACCUUUGGACAUUGGUGGAAAUCAUUUAGGAUUUCUAUGGGCUUCUGUAGCAAAUACUAUUCCAGCCGCAUUCUGGACAUUAUUUUAUUUACUGCGGGAUAAAGUAGCGCUUGACGCUUUGCGUGCAGAAAUCAAACAGAAUCUACCUUUAUUAUCGUUGGACGAAAAUGAUGAGUUCGAUGCACACGCUUGGACUAUUGAAAAGUUGUCGGGAUGCGUUUUGCUGGAGAGCGCGCUUAACGAGACGAUGCGCAUGUUCGGCGCUCCUAUAAUGCUGCGCAAUUGUUUGUCAACGACACGUGUAGAAACGUUUGAUGGAAAAACCAUUCACAUUCUAAAAGGUGAUCGUACUGCUCUGCUGCCUGCGGCAUCUCAUCUUGACGAACGGCUUUUUUUUGAUCCAUUCACAUAUAAAUACGAUCGCUUUAUAAACAACAAGAUCUUGAACGAUUUGGAACUUGACGGGCAAAAAGUGCCAAUUGCUUAUAUGCCAUUCGGAAACGGAAAAACAAUGUGUCCUGGCCGUUUUCUUGCGAAGAGCGAAAUUAAAAUAUGUCUAGUAUUGAUUUUGCAGCACAUAGAAUAUAUGUUUUUGGAAACAACAGUACCGAAAACACGAGCUGAACGAGUCGGUUUUGGUGUAGCCCCACCAGAGAAAGAUAUAAAAAUUCAAUAUCGUUAUCGAUAA